AGAAAAAUGGGUAAGUGUAAAACACUGAUAAUAGGCUUCUGAUUUGCUUUCUUUCGUCAUGUUUGACACACAAAGGGACAUUUCUUAGAAAACCACACAUUACCUCUGUGCAGCAGUCGGAAACAACACCUUCACUUGGCUUUUACCAGAAAACAGCUUUGCCACAGGAUUUGACUCGAAACAGCUAGAAAGGCACAAUAACAGGACAUCCAAAUCUGACACGGCACAGAGGAGACGACAAGGAGCACCGAUUUCAUCAGAGAAUGUGAUUUAUGGAUGCAACAAAGAACGAGACAUUUAUUUACACGGACAUGUAUGAUUAUGAAUAUGAUGGUCCAAAUUCCUCGCGGUUUGGGGAAGAGAGUCCACAGAUAUCGAAAGGAUUCAUGGCCCUGCGGAUUGUCCUUUGCAUGCUGUUUUUUCUUGGUUUGCUUGGCAACACCACUGUGCUCUGGAUUCUCCACCGCUACAUCAAGAUGAAGACAUUGACUGACAUUUGUCUGCUCAACUUGGCUCUCUCAGACCUUACUCUGGCUUUGUCCCUCAUCCUGUGGGCCUACAAUUCUCAGAAUCUUGCCGUAUGCAAAAUCACGACGGGAGUCUAUCAGUUGGGAUUUUACAGUGGGACUUUGUUUGUGACCUUGAUGAGUGUGGACCGCUACCUGGCCAUCGUCCACGCUGUGGCAACCAUGCAAGCCAGGACCCUUGGCUAUGGCUUGUCUGCCAGCAUCGCUAUCUGGGUUGUAUCCCUCGCAAUGGCAACUCCACAGGUGAUAUUUUCCUCUGUUGAAAUGAGUCACAACAACUCCUUGAGUUGCCAGCCGGUUUAUCCAGAGGAAAGUCAGCAGUUUUGGAAAAUGCUCCGAAACUUCAGUGAGAACACAGUGAGUCUUUUCCUGUGUCUACCUAUCCAGAUUUUUUGUUAUGUGAAGAUCCUGCUUGUGCUGUCCAAGACGAGGAACUCAAACAAGGGUCGAGCUGUGAAAUUGAUAUUCAUCAUCGUCUGUGUGUUUGUCGUGUGCUGGGUCCCCUACAAUGCUGUAGUUUUCCUUCAGACACUGCAACUGUUUGAAAUGUUCAACACCUACAAAGCAUCAACUACAAUCAGAUUGGCUAUGACUUGGUCUGAGGUCAUUGCACUGUCACACUGCUGUGUAAAUCCAGUCAUUUAUGCACUCGUCGGGGAGAAAUUUCGGAAGCCUUUGGGGAAUUUGUUCUCCAGAUACUGGUACAAGAGCAGAGGCUCUGUCAGUCAGCGAGACAACUCUGAGAAAGAAACUUCCAACACACAUCUAAGAUCCCAUUAGGAAACUAGAGACUUGGAAUCGGUAGAACGGAGAUUAGCUGAUUCAGAAGAGUGUAACAUAGUGUGCAAUUAAUCGUUGAUUUAAAACUGCCCCUUUCUAACUGCACACGCCUACAAAUAUACCAAAAGAAAGAAAAUUCUACCCACGCACACAGUAAGACUGCACUUUGUAUGAAAAUUGCACUGGGCACAAAAAUAGGUGUUACUGUCUUGAAAUAAGGCAUCAGUUGGCCAGCCUCAGUCAUUUAGCACAGUGCGCUGUUAAGUUGGUAACUUGCUUCGGAGCGAUUAGUCUCAACAUGGUCUCCUAAUCUUCAGAAAGUCCCCAGUUAAAUACAGCAUUUCUGUUCUUGGGGUCAUGGAGUAGUGGUCUUAACUAUUAUUCAUCAUUUGUAGCGAUUAAAAGUACUCAUUCGACUUCAUGUCUAAAUUGGCUUCAUCCUUGCCUGUUUUUUUAAUUUGUUGUUCAGUAUGUACAUCCAACCAACUGUUUUUCCUUCUUUUAGUCAACAAUAAAAAUCCUAUUCCUUUUUUUUUGAUCCCUUGAUGUAACAUAUUAUUAACCUUAGUUGACCAUUGUUUGAUUUGCACAUUAUAACAAUUAAUACGGCAACAUUCCCACAUUACAUAUCAAAUAGCCAUUUGCAUUUGCUAAUCAACUUCUCCCUGCUAUGACAAUGAAGAUGUAUCAGAAUAUGCAUAUGACAUUUUUUUUUACACCGUAUUAUAAAGGCAUGGUAGACUGCUUAAACCUAUCACCUGUCAGUUCAGUCAUCGUGUUUUGUUUAUGGAACCCGGUCACCCUGUAGAAAGUGUGAAUGUGAGUAUGAAGGGUUGUUCAUUCGAUUUGGCUUCUGACUGCGAGAGUCAAGUCAGGGCAAACUCUCCACAUCUUCUUAAACAAACUGUGGGUGCAACAAACUGUGGGUGCAACAUACUUUGUAUGCGGAAUUUCCCAGAUUGUGUAUAGGUUGGUGCUCAAAUUGAGUUGAAGUGGUUAACAUCAUGAGUCUUUCGUUUGUCCUCUCAUUUUUAGUUUCUUUUAUUGUUUGAUUUUACCCUAUUAAAUCCUCAUAAAUUCCUGUUCCCCCCCAUAGAUAGUUUUCUUUGUGACAUACUUCUUCCAAUUCCCAUGUAGAUUUCGGGAAUAAAUGUGCACAUCAUAAGAACUGUAUUGCGUCCUGUGUGUGUGUUUGAAUCCAAGUUAUUCACAUCUAAUCUUCAAAAUCAAACUCAAGGCUCACCAAGACUGAUUUAAUCAGGUUUUUCAUCUGUUUAACCUUUUAUUCAUAGAACAGUCAUGGUGCCCCAACAACAGGUGCAGCAAGUCUCGGCAAGCAAGUGUCACCACAACACUUGUGAAAAUGCCACAAAGCGUCGCGCGGCGCUAC